CCGAAUAUCGUCAGUCCGUCACAAAGAGCGACAGAGUCGGGUGGGUCGAGCGGUCAGCCUCGGGCGAGAGACGAAGCCCUAUGGUUACGAGAUCAGAUCUGAUGCAGUCGUGUUAACUCCGGACGCUUUCUUACCCAUCGAUCUCUUCACGUUAACUAGUCGUCGGUCGUGAAGCCGACAGUUCAGUGCGAAUUCGCAGUACAAAAUAGACUUGUGAUAUUUUUCUAGUAUAACAGUUCCGUACCGGAACGCCUUAGUUCUUUGCGUUUAAAAAGUGUACAAUAUAAGUAAAAAUUUGGAGAACAUGGAGAUCCUGCCGGUCACGAGUCAGUUUAACGUCGGAUUCAGUGGUGAAAAAGCAUGGAAUGGGCCAACAUGGCGGGAAGCGCCGGUGCCGGCUCCGACGGAGGCGGCGCUGGCUCAGAGGCUGGAGAGGGAGCUGCGAGCGGCCAAGGGUGCCAGUGAGCUAGCGACGGCGGAAGUGCUCGUGCCAGCUGAGCUGUUGGCACGCGCUUCUCGGCAGACCCUGGCGCUGGCGGAGGGGGAGCCGUGCGGCUCGCGGGGUGCAGCGGUCAUCGUGGACGUGGCCGGCCGUCGUCUGGCCGCCUUCAAGAUAGACCCCAACACACUCACGACGCACGAAAUACAUCUACAUCUGGAACACGAUGCCACAAACUGGACCAGCUUGUUACCGCAGUUUUUAAAAAACCUAACGCGAGGCGGUACCAUCAUCAUAAGCCCCCAGUUCACGAUAGAAAAGAAGAAACUGUUCCGAAGCCAGGCGGAGUGAGGCGGCUCGCGCGCGGGCCGACCGAUCGCCCUUCUCGAAGUCUGCGUAUCGUUACUUUAAAAAUAUCAAUAUUAUAUGUAUAUUAAUUAUUAUAUAUUUUUUAAAAGAUGAAAAAAGCACAGCGUGAUAUGUAAUGUAUAGUCGUAGAGUAAGGACGGCGCGAGCGUCGCCGCUAGUGAUGUCCAGAGCACUUUAUGUCGAUAUCGAUAAAGUGCGUACGUUGGGCGCGAGUCGCAGCGCCGGCCGGCUCACUGUCUGUACGAGCGAGUGUCGAGUGUCGAGUGCGUGGCGCGGCGGCGUUAGGUGCGCACCAUGAUCUCAGUCGCCGCCGCGCGUGUGAUAUCUUGGUCGAUUUAGUGUUACGUAUUAUUUUGUUUGUUUCGAGUUCAAUUCUAUUCUGAAGUUGUGUAGAGUUGGUAUAUUUCACGUAUCGUAAUCGUAUUUAUUAGAGUCGAUCUCUGACCGAGAUCGGAUAUGUGUACGUUUUUUCGUAAUUGUACUAGUUCGUACAUUGGUUUGUGAUACUACUUUUGUAAUGUAUAAAUUUUAAAUGAGAGUAAUAUACUGUACUAUAAGCGUAAGCGAGCACGCGUCAGAUGAAGUGUUAGAGAUGUAUAGAGAAUGGGCGCGCGGACCGCGUCCGGCGCGCCUUAAUAUACUGCAAAGAUCUCAGGUUAUUAUUAUAGUUAUAACAAGUAUUAAGUUAUUUAAGUUAAUAUAAAAAUGUAAUUUUUUGUAAGAUUGUUUUCUAUCGCACGAAGAUGCGUUAUUUUAGUCCAGUGGGAGACGAGAGAGAAAUUUUUGUACUAACUGUAAAGAUUAUAGUUUGACGAGAUGUUAUUGAAGUCGAAAUGCAUUUUUUUUCCACCAGUGUAAUUUCUACAUAAUUUGUAAUUCAAUAGAAUAACAGUUUUUAAACGAAAUCUAAAUGUUUGUAGGGUCCAGUGUUUUUUAACGCACAAUAUCAUAGUACUAGAGUUCACUUUCAACAAUAAAAGAUUUUAAAAA